CUCCGAUCAGACUCCAUAAAUAGCCCUCCUCGUCACCUCCUCAAGACUCCAUUACGACAUCGCCGGCCAAUCCCCUCCAUCUUGCUCUUUAAUUCUCUAUGUGCGCUGCAGGCAAUGACGACGACGCCAUAACCAAAGGAGGAGACGAGCAUCACAUGAGAAGGUAUAACAAUAGGAAGAGUUAUCGAGCAAGUGGUUGCAGUGGAGAUGGACGGUGGUGCGGCCAUGCCGGCGGCGCAGCCAGCAGCCGAGCACCAUGGGUCGAGGCCAACGUUGGGUUUUCCUCUCGGCACCGCACUACUGCUCGUCGUCAUCUUCUGCCUCAGCGGCUUCUUCGCUUUGUGCUACCACUGGGAGAAACUCCGCUCCCUCCGUGGCCGACCCAGCCGCGGCCACCAGCAGCAACUUCCCCCUUUGGAUGCGCUCGAGGAAGGCAGCCGAAUCCCCCAGCCAUCUUCUCCGUCUCUAACGUCCAAGCUCUCCCCUAUGCGUCAGGUAGAUUUUGCAUUGGAAACGGUGGGUGAUUGGUGGAAAAUAGGCGCCUUUUAUUUGGAGCGCACUAACCAAAUCGUGCCGUGACGAAGUCGCCAUCUUAAAAGGCAGUUGGACACCCCAGAAGCAACCUGAUCAUGGCACUGAAAACUUGCAUAAAACAUGCAUGGAAGUUUCAGAAGAACAACCACAAAUAUAGCACUAACUUUGGUUUAAUUUCUCAAAGUGAUUUGUCUGUUGUCUUCUUUCGCUUAACUUGUGCGUCUCUUUGAGUUGCAGGAGAACAAGGAGGAAAAGGUCGAAAGCUUGGUCGUCGUUAUGCCAGGAGAUAAAAUUGCAAAGUUCAUGGCAUGGCCGUGCCCGUGCCAACACCGGUCGCCUAUUGCAGAUGCAUUCACUGCAAGUACAGUCACUCGGGAAGCAGCAAUCUCGUCUCCAUCUUAAUUUGGCAGAGUGCUCUUGAAAUUGAGCGCAUGCACCAUGUAUAUAUGUUGUGGUAGUCGUGAUUCUUUCUUCUCUUCAAUGAGGAAAGUGAACUGCUGGUCCUAAGCAACAUGAUGUUUUUGUAUUGUUAAAAGCAGAGUCUUUGUUUUGUUUCUUCGCAUGGCACAGUGCGUUGCUUGGAAGAUGGAAUUCAGUGGGCGGUGGAUAAUUUUAAUGUAUUUGACCCUAAAUUGUUGAGGCAAACAGCUGAAAUAAGCAUAGUUGAUGGUGA